UUCAAGAUGACAUCGAACAGAAAUCGAGGGCUUAUAAAAAGCUUUGUGAAGGCCGUCCACGAUCCAUUUGCUAUACCCACUUUGCUACAAACCCUCCGCUUUUCAAAAUGAAGGUUGACGUUACAGAAGAACAACUCGAAGGGCACUCCAAGGCUGUUAGGCGAGGUGCCAUUGAAGGAACCGUUGCCGGUCUCUUGUUUUCUGGAGCUGUAUCGUACUUUGCCCAUCGCCGGAUGCCUGCGUAUAAGACCUUGCCACUAUCACUGAAGGCUCUUGGUCCGGUCAUCCUCAUUGCACCAUUACUCAGUAUCCAGGCCGAGCGUCGUGCUCUAGAAUAUGAUGAAUCACAAUGGACCGGAGAGGGACUCAAGAUUCUGAAUGAGAAAGAGCGAAAGGUUUUAGAGAAGUGGGAUGCCAUGACACCCAGGCAAAAACUUGGAGAUUGGGCCAGCCGACAUGAGUACUCGCUCAUCAUGGGCUCGUGGGCUCUCAGUCUUGGUGUUGCAGGAGCAAUUAUUUCUCGCGACAAAUACCAAACGCCAGCACAGAAAGUCGUACAGGCUCGUAUGUGGGCGCAGGGAUUGACUAUCGGUAUCCUUAUCGCUGCCGGUGCGCUCAAGCACAGUCAGCGGAAUGAAGCUGCCGACAGACAUGUCGACCAUUCGUGGCAGGAUGUUCUUGCCCAACAAGAGCGAACACGCGAAGUAGAGGAGCAGGCUAAACCCGGUCUCUCUGCUGCUACCAGACGUAGCGUUUCAACUCUUUAGACGUAUUGCGCCCUCGAUUUAUUGCGUUUUCGAUUUAUUGCGUUC